AUGCUAUCUUUUAUUUAUUUUUGCUUGAGAACUGGGUAUUAUGAUGAAGCUAGAAACAUUGCUCAGUCAUCUCGAGUUGCCCACCAAUUUGCCCCUCAGCUAGCAGAAUGGAUUACAACCGGAGGUAUGGUAUCUCCAGAAACUGCUUCCACUGCCUCUGAAGAAUGUGAGAAACUGCUAAGGAUGAGUGAUCGGGUUGGUCGACCUGGAUAUGACAGGAAAAAGUUGCUUUUGUAUGCUAUGAUCUCUGGUUGCCGGCGCCAGAUUGACAGAUUACUAAGAGAUCUACCAAGUCUUUUCAAUACCAUAGAGGAUUUUAUGUGGUUCAAGUUGUCGGCAGUACGUGAUUUUUCUAGUGAAUCAUCCUCUGUUGUGCUUAGUGAUGGCUUGGUACCAUAUAGUCUGGAGGACCUUCAAGGUUAUUUAAACAAGUUUGAACCAUCCUACUACACUAAAAAUGGGAAGGACCCCCUAGUUUAUCCUUAUGUUUUGCUUCUCAGUAUACAGUUACUUCCUGCCACUCUCCACUUGUCCAAGGAAGUUGGUGAUGAAGGUUAUAACGUUGAUGCUGUUCAUAUUUCCAUAGUUUUAGCAGAUCAAGGUUGUAUAUCUGAAGGUGCUGGAAUCACUCAGAAGAUUGGUGUAAUGGAUCCUUGUGCAGAAGUUGCUAGCAUUAUACGUCAGUAUGGCUCAUUAUACUUGCAUCAUGGUAAUUUGUCCUUAGCAGUUGAAUAUUAUGCUCAAGCUGCUGCUGUUAUGGGUGGGGGAGAAUUAUCAUGGAUUGGGCGGGCAAGUGCUGAUCGGCAGAGGCAGCGAAACUUGAUGUUAAAACAACUUCUAACUGAGAUCCUGCUUAGGGAUAGUGGUAUUUUGCUUUUACUUGGCCCCAGAGGCACAGGGGAAGAGGGCGAACUGAUAAAAUAUUUUAUGGAUUCGAAGACUCGAGAACAAUUUCUACUUGAUGCUGCGGAUCAGUCUCAAGAAGCUGGGCUUUAUGACAGAUCAGUUGAAAUACACAAGAGAGUUGGAGCCUUUGCAAGGGCACUUGCAACAAUAAAUAAAUGUCUUUCUGAUGCUAUCUAUGUUAUGUUGCGUGGCCGAUUAGAUGGUGAUAGUCGGGUUUCAAGUCUUAUUCAAUCUGGGAAUGACAUAUUGGAGACUUUCAGAUAUUCGGCUGAUACUAGAUUGCACAGUCAUCCUUUGGAAUUAUGCAUCCCAGUAGAAGUACUUGAAAGUUGGGCAAUGUUGUAG